GAGAAUUGCCAAAUCUGAGAAGCCAAGGAUCACAACGGUCCGUGGGGGUGUUCGUACUAUUAGCUUACGAGAUUCUUAUCUUCAGUUUUUGAUCUCGCGUUUUCGUUUGUGCGACGAAUGCGUUUCCGGCCCGUGAAAACGUCGUCGUCGUCGGCUUCCCUGACGAGCGUAGGCAGGAGUGAAACAAAAUGUACAAUGGCAUUGGACUUCAAACUCCCCGAGGUUCUGGGACUAAUGGACACGUUCAAAGAAAUUGGGCAAUUGUACGUAAAACCAAGGAUAAGGUUUCCUAUAUAUACAAGACCGAAGAGGGCAAAGUCGAUCAGCUCAAUAAGCAACCAAAUAAAGAAAUUCUAGACCAUGUUAGGAAGAGGAAAGUUGAAGUUAAAUGUGCUGAAUUGGCUGAUAUCCUGGAGGAACAAGGAUUUACAAACGAAGAAGUGCAGAACAAGGUGGAGUCAUAUAGAUCAAUGUUGAUGGGCAGUGACAUCAAAUCAUCCACGCCACAAGAUGAAUUUGGACGCGUUAAUGUACGGGAGACGCACCAGAUCGCCGAAGCGCAGCAGGAGAAGAAUGCGAAGCUGCGCGAGGCCUUUGGCAUCUCCGAAUUCUUCGUGGAGGGCAGCAGCCUAGACCCGGAACGGCACGCGCGCGAGGCGGAGGCACGUGCUGCCGCCGCCGCCAGCAAGGUCUACGAGCUGGUGCGGACGCCGAGUCCAGCCGCCACGCCGUCAACAGACGCGGCCACCACCGCUGCCGCUGUCACCGUUGUAUCUGGUGUGGAGAAGAAGAAACGGAAGCGUUCCGGUAGCGCCAGCGCCAAGAAGAAGAAGGCCAAGAAGCACAAGCGGGAAAGGUCGGAAUCCCCCAAGUCCGGCAAGAAAAAAGAAAAGUCGAAAAAGAAGAAGAAGGAGCGGAAGCACAAGAAGACCGAGGUCACAUCCUCCGACAGUGACUCCAGCGAGGAUUCCGACGACAGCAACUCGUCCGAGGCCGAGUCGAAGAAGAAGAAGAAGCGGAAAAAGAAGAAAUUAAAAGUUGAAGGAAAAGACAAACAUGAGAAGAAGAAGACCUCGACUAAACGGAAGCGCCAGUCAUCCGAGAGCUCCACAGACAGCUCUGUCGAGAGACCAAAAAAGUCUAUGAGACAUGAGAAAGCCGAAAAGGAGAAAGAGAAGGUUUCGAGAAACGAGAUGACCGAAAGUACGACACGGGAGCAGCCAUCGGCCGCUCGAUCGAUGCGAUCGCCGCCGAAGUCGCGAACGGAUAGACAGUCUCGCAACAAUGAGACGCCACCGAUUAAGACGAAGAAAGAUUCACCGGUGAAGAGAAGCGGGCCAGAGACGCGACGAGCAGAUAAGUCACCGCCAAUAAUCCACAAGAGUCCUCCACGCCGACACAGAUCAUCGUCUAGAGGUAGAGGCGACAGAGGAGGCGCUGGAGGAAGAUCUCCCAGAAGAUACUCGAGGUCUCGACGGAUCAGUCCGUCUCCCCGACGAAGACGGUAUUCGUCCAGGUCGCCUGGCGGCGGUCGCAGGCGCGGCAGACAUUCUGCCGCGGCGUCUAGAAGCAGAAGUCGGUCCAAAUAUGAUCGUUAUGCGUCUUCCCGUAGGAGACCGUCUCCAUCUACGUCAAGACGCAGAAGAUCGCAGUCGCGCGGCAGAUCGCGCUCGCCGGCUCGGCGAGGUCAACGUCGAGCCCGUUCGAGGUCUACGCUAAGUUACUCACCUGUAAGGAAAAAUCCUGAACGUUACAAGGAUAUCCUGGAAGAACAGAAGCGGCGAGAUCGCAAGACGAGGAGGAGAAUGAGCGGGCGGGCGAAGUCGCGUUCCACGUCGAGAAACAGACGCGGUGCACAGGUGGUUGCACCCAGGGUGAGUUUGAGAUCGUCCAGCGAAGACGAAGCCGACCUGGCCGAUGACGAAUCCAAACAACAGCAACAAGAGGACGAAGAACGAAUGAUGGAAUUGAACACGUUGAAGCGCUUGCAAAGCGGCUUGGCAGCUAAAGCGCGCGAAGCGCUGGAGAAGAAGUCAGUCAUCACUCCGGCAAAGAUCAAGAUCGAAAGAAGAGAGGAUAACAGCAAUGUGUUGGACAUCGCGUUGCCGAACGAGCCACCGAAGAGCAACGUUGUAACUACGCCGUCGAGUUUGAUUAACGCCGCAUCGUCAGUACGUGACCGAUCCGAGUCCAGAGAACACCAAGUAACGUCGAUAGUUACGUCUUUGCAGACGGUGGUGCGGUCUCCAGUGUCCAGCAGGUCUCCGUCACCGGCGUUGCCUCUCACCCGAGAGGAAGCUGCAAUCAAAAUCAGGUCGCCGAGCGAAUCACCACCACCGCCGAUAUUGCCGAUGCCGUUGUCCAAUCAACAAUCGUUCGAAAAAGUCAAUGUGUCACCUGUAACAAUGAAGAAUCGUCGAUCAUCGAGAUCGCCUCCGAGCAAUUCUGGUAAGAAGGACUCCCCGACCGCGUCGAGGAAAGACUCGUCGAUGAAGGGCGGCGAGCAAUCGUUCUCUCGUUCACCAACGACAGCAACGACGAUAUUGGCACAGAUGACAAACACUUCGCGCGACGAAACGAUGAUAAAGCUGCGCUCGCCCAGUGAAUCACCGCCGCCAUUGCCGGGCACUUCGCUCGCAAGAUCGAAUCGGCGUUCGCGAUCUGCCAAUAGAGAAAACAUGUCGUACUCCAGAUCGGCGUCGAGGUCGUGCACGAGAUCACCGUCGUUAGGCAAGAGGUCUUCCAGAUCGCCGUCGCCGCGGGACAAGAAGUCACGGUCCCGUUCGCGCGGCAAGAAAUCGGCGUCGCCGAUUAGACGACGAUCGUCCAGAUCGGCGUCGCGGACGAAGAAGUCGUCGCCGAAAGCGCGAACAAAACGCUCGUCCCGAUCGAGAUCUUCCUCGGAGUCGAAGCGCUCCACGGAGUCGCGGUCACCUUCGCUCACGUGUGCUAAGAAGUCUGCCUCACGUUCGCCGGCCGAAUUUCGCGCCGACAGCAGACACAGGUCAUCUUCGAAGCGACGAUCGCGCUCCUUAUCGAAAAAAUCCCGAAGCAGGUCACUGUCGAAGAAGUCGCGCAGCCGUUCCUUGUCGAAGAAAUCCAAGAGCCGCUCGAGAUCAGCGUCGAGAACGUCCAGGGAGAAGGAUAAGCGUAGUCGCACUAGGAGCAGCUCACGUUCAUCUGCCAGCUCGAGACAUAGUCGCAGGAGCUUCUCCAGCUCGUCGAGGUCGUCGAGCAGCGUCACCAGCAGAUCCUCCCGCUCGACUUCCAGUAGCUCCGCCAGCAGCAGAUCGCGUUCGCCGUCUAUCCCACGACGUCACGGUUCACCCAGCUUCCUCGACAGGCGACGUAUCACGAGCGCGAGGAAACGUCCGAUUCCGUAUCACCGACCAACUCCGACGCCACCUUCGUCACCGAGUAGCUCUGAGAGCAGCAGACACAGCAACUGGUCGAGCCCGAGUCACCGGUCCAGCUGCUCCGCAAGCCGGAGUCCGUCUUACACGCGCUGAGAAAAAGAAAGAGAGAAAAAGAGAGACACAUGUCCUGUAUCCUAGCAAGUAUCUGUGUCCCGGAACUAAUUCGACGUUCCUUUCUUCAUAUAUAUAUAUACGCUUACACACGUUUAUUUACUUACCUAAAUGAGCAGAAACGCAAUCCUGAUCUCAGUGCGCAAUUUCGACACUUUAUGUAUUCAUUUCCUCAAAAACAACGCGAUAUCAAAUAACGGUACAUUACAUUCAUAAAACUAUGGUGUAUUACCACUAAUAAUAUUGAACAAUUUCAUUUCAACGAUCUUGUCAAGUAAGAGGAUAUCGAUCGAUAGAUCUGAUAUUUGUUUCAAAAUCCUCGUUCAAGCGCGGUGCAAUUUUACGAUCGUUACCUCGUCUGAGAUACCAAAGAGAGUAUCGAAGUAGAAAAAAUUGAAUAUCUAUGUAGAUUUUAAUGUAUUAUACUCUCUCCCUCUCUUUUUCUCUCUACACUCGAACUAUAGAAUCGUAUAAAGUGGUACAGUAACUUCAUCUAAUUUCUUUACAACUUCUUAGAAAAAAAUUUUUAUUUCAUUCAGAUUAUCGUUGAAAAUUAAAAAAAGUUUUGCAUAUGUGCAAAACUAGCAGAAAGAAUAUUUUAAUAAUGGAUAUUUUUCCCUUUUCUUUCUCUGCGUAGUGGAAGCGAGAUUUUUCUAAAAUUCGCCCCUCUGUGAAAUCUCAUAGAAUUUUCGUUAGAUUAUUUUUAAAUUACGUAAUUUGCUAACUUACGUAAAUGUAAGCAAUAUAAGAGAGAAAAGAAGAAUCUGAUCAGACAUUCUUCUCAGUCGCUCGUUAUCGCAAUAUUUUGUUGUAAUUUAGUAAUAUCGUUUAAACGCUUCUUUACACGGUCGAGAACCUGCCUUCUAAAUCACUCUAAGCCAAAUUUUUCAAAAUUUAAUGAAUAUUAGAGAAAAAUUAAGCUCUAAAAUGCCUUAAAAACAAAAUGUACUUUGAGAUGCUUUAAUAUAACUAAUUAUCAGACAAAAAAGAAAGAAAUUUAAUAUCUUGAUUUUCAUCUUUUUUGCUUUUUCUGACAUACAAGAGAAUAUUUUUGAAGAUAUAAAAUAUAAUAAUAAACGUAACAUGAUAUAUAUAUAUAUAUAUAUAUAUAUAUAUAUAUAUAUUAUAUAUAAAAUUCAAAACUGAUCUUUGACUUUCAACCCUCCUGUGACCGAAAUUAAUAUUUCUGAAUGAUCAAAUAGCCUUGAAACUAUCAAAGAAAUAAAAGUUUAAACAUAUCAAUAUAUAGAUACAUGGCAUGAAAUAGUUUUUUAAAGGCGAACGUACAAUCUAUUAUUUUCAAUAUAUAUUUUAGAUCAUUUUCUCAUCCGUGAAGUUUUUGAGAAAAAAGUUAGGUCGUGACUUCGCUCACAAGAAGGUUGAUUUAAAUUGUUACCUAUAUUGUUACUCAAAAUGCAUAUAUACUCUGGAAUUCAAGUUCUCGAUUAUUUAUCGUGAAAAGAAGCAUAAUAUAGUCUCAGUUACGCCCUUUAUUAUUUGUAGCACAAUGACAUUCCUUGAACUCAACGAAUCUUAUAGAUUGAAUUGUAUACUCAUAACUUUUUAGUGCAAUGUAUUUUGACUCAUUCUUUUGUACAUAGACAUGUUCUCUUAGAGAAACUUGAGUUUUCUGAAACGAAAUAUUGAUUGAAAUUUUAACCCUUUGCGUGUAGUACCGAGCUAUAGAAUUUAUUCUUAUAUAUAGUUUUUAUUAUAACAUGAUGUAUUUAUAUUUAUCUAUAUAUUUCUUAUUCGCGAAUUUUAUUCUGAUUUAUAAAAGUUAUAUAAACAAAUUUAAAAACAAGUUAUUAAAAGGUAAAACGCAAAGGGUUGAUAUCCUAGCAAUAUAUUUAUUUAGAUCUCUAUUUGUACAUUUAUUUAUUAAUAUAUUAUUUAUUUAUUUUGUAAAGCGACUUUAGUUUUAAUGAACGUGAUAUCGCGAUUCUUUCAUUGCAUUUCGAUAUUCGCAACUCUAGUCAACGGGGUUUUUCUCGCGAACCCGAGACAGGAGACAGGGCCAGGCAGCGUACCAAAGAAAAAGAUAAUUAGAAACUAGUCUGGCGCGAUUGCGCGAAGAUAUCUUAAAAAUAUAAUAUAUAUAAUGUAUAGAGUUAAAGGCGAAUCGUAAAACUUGGAAAGUCUACAUUGUUUACGACAGACUAGACAAGGAAACUACGUAGCGAUCUAGUUCUUCUCAACGACUGAUUCCCUUUUUAAUGCAGGAUUUUCCGAUCAUUAAUUAUUAUACUCUAUUAAUUAGCUACGCAUUAAGUACCUCUUCAGCGCAUUUUCAGCCCGGUAUUAAAAUGGUUUUUUGUUUGGACAUAUUUCAAUUUCCUGGCUCUAGAACACAGAAAAUAUACAAAGAGAAUCACG